GCCAAUUCUGCUCCGAUCCCGCCUUCACGAGCAACUCACCUGCCAUCCUUGCGCCCGUAGCGAUUCCUUGGUCUCAGGUGGUCGCUGGACUCUUUGGACGUUGAACCCUGGAUGACCCCUUCCAAGAGCGCAGGAUCUCACCUUGAGUGCGGGGGGAUAAACGUUUGUCCGGCGUAGCUGGUGUUGUUGUAGGGAAGGAUGGCUCGAAGGAUGGGUUACAGCUCUCAGAAGAAAGGCUCGGACAUGCGCUUGGUGUUCUACAGAGAAGAUCCCGCGAUUGUAUAUGAAGUGGGGCUCGAGGAACCCCUUCCGGGGAAUUGACGAGACUCAACAAGGUCCGAGCACGACCUGCUUUGCCGCCUCCUGGGAACUUUCCCUGGAAUUUACGGGAUCCCCACCAACCUUCAUUUGGCCCGGUGUGGAGCAUCGGGCGUCCCACAUACGGCGACAAUACGGUCUAUUUCCAGCAUGGCUGGAGCACAUCGAAGUUUGGACGGAAUGUUGUGCGGACGAGUAACCAAUGCUGAAACGACACACAACGUCGAAAGGAUGUAUUGGGAACAGACUCGUGGCGGGGACGACAGAAGGGAACCCAGAUCCUGAAACGGAUGGUGACGCGGUUUCUUGGACGUCCGCUGGGCCGCUGUGGGCUCCCGGAGAGCACGUAUGCAUGGCGUCGGAACAUGGGUAUCACGUGGUCGGUGAGGUACCCGCAUCUCAGGUGCUCGUGCGUGCAGAUGACAUAACCACCGCUUCCAUGCUUGUGCAUGCAAAUCCCAUAACCACCGGGCGUCACAAUCCUGGCGCAAGGUCUCCUGGAGAGGCUAGAAGGCGUUUGCGAGUACUUGGCCAAGCAGUACAAUCGGAAGCCCCACCAUGAUGGAACAGUCGCCCUCGGCAGACCUCGCAGAAACGAUAAUCAAGGACACGGAAGUGGUCGGGCGACAGAAAGGGAUUCAGGCCCUUGCAGGGAUGACUAUGCAGUUCCUUACGGGAAUCCGCAUCUCGUCCAUAGCACCAAGUAACGAGGGGUAUCGGCGGGAUGGCAAGUACAUGAAGAACGAAGAUCUCAAGAUUACCGUGCUUGGCCCCCAGCGCUGGAUGGUUUCUGUGACUUGCCGUUGGAUCAAGGGAAUGAUGACAAGUCGCAGCCAAAUCGAGCGAAUCUUCCAUCUCGAGCCCCCGAUGUUUGCGCACAACGUGAUCUUCGGGCCAACAUCGAUCAUGGUUCACCUGUUCCUUCGCGGCGAUCUUCCCUUCGACUCCUGGGAACAGCUGUUGGAUUAUGAAGGCGGCGAGAUUGCUAUCUCAAACCCUGAGCGCCCUUUCAUGGAAGAGAUACCUCGGCCUAUGUGGGCUUCCGGGCAGCACACAUGCCUGACGUCGCAACAUGGGUAUCACGCUUGCUCAAAUGUUCAACGGGGCUGCCGCAUCUGAGGUGCUGGUGCAUGCAGACGGCAUCACCACCGCUUCCAAGCAUUAUUCAAGAAACACUGGCGAUUAUGCCCUCACCGCUAUUAUCACGGGCGAGCACGAGGCUGCUGGUGAUGUGCAGUAUCAACGCAAACGCGCUCGGCAGCUCCUCACCUCACCUGCACUCCAUGCAGGUUUGCGUUCCACGUUUGGAACCAAACAGGCCUACGAUACCACUGAGCUGGUGAACGUGGACGAGCUGGAUUUGCCUCCUUGCAUUCCACUGGCGCGCGUGCGCAAACUCCAAAAGGCCGACGAGGAAUCGCGGGAGAAAAUCCAGCAAGAACUCUCGGAGACGACCGAGUUCUUGCAGUUCAAGGAGGUAUGGGACAAAGUCUGCCAGGAGGAUAGCAACCUGCAGACCGACGCCUAUCACCUCGACAAUCGGAAAUUCAAAUCAGAGCUUCGAAAGGCUCACAACCGCAAGGAUUUGGACCCGGACGCGUGGGUAGAGCUCAUCGAAAACUGUACUACGCUCUGGGACGCCUAUGUGAAGACUGUCGAGAAAGUUCGAUGCACUCAUGCAAAGCGGGCCAAGAGAGACGAGCUCUUCCUCAACAAAACGGCACCUCAAGGUCUCUCCUAUACCCACGCCGACCGUCAGGAGAUCAUCGAUCAGAUUGACGCGCCGAGUGGGGUCUUGGCUGAAGCGCUCGAGAUGCACAGAAGUGCAGUUUUGGAGGUCAGCUACGUAUAUCGCUUCUUCCUCUUCCGCCUUAAUUGCGUCGGGAGACAUAUCCGACUUCACCACCCUCAAUGUCGGCCCUGUGACAUCAGUCCAACGGGCAAAGUCGAAGAAACGAUCAGCAUCCGAGGUUCAGCAGCAGGAGGAAGAUGAUGAAAUCGAUGCGAUGCUGCGAGAGAUCGAUGAGCAGGAGAGAUUCGAUGAGACGGGUGAGGUGAACGUCCUGGGUUGCACCGCGGAAGAGAUGGUGAAGGCCUUCUUCCGCUUGCUGGUUGUACCCGCUCUUUAUGAGCGAAUAACCACAACAGACGUGGAUGGCAAGACAUAGGUGUUUGAGCACCCCUGCCAUGUGUGCACCGCCCUGGAGUUGUCCAACCUCCAGCCUUGGAAGUUGCCGGCAACUUAUGCGCGCCAUAUCCAAGAUAAGCAUACGAAAGGCCAGGAUGUUCUGGAUUCGUACUGCAAGAUUGGACAAGGAGGGCGUUUCCGGUGCCCGUUGUGUGCACAAACGCUCGUUAAAAAGAUGAAGUUGUUCCGCCACAUCGAACAACAGCAUGCGGAUGCCUCCGAAAUGGUCAUGAACGAGCGAAGCAUCGAUGAUAAGAUCAUCGCAGCGGCAGCUCAGGCUAGUGCAGCGAGCGACGGACAACUUAACCCUGCGUGGGACAGGUUGGUCCGCAUUGCUCCAGCGUUUGAACGUGCCCUAGAACAAGGGCGCAACUAUUUGCUUGUGUACAACAGCUAGUCAUGAUAAGAUGCUCUUGACCGCAAUUUUAGCAUUGUAUUCUAUAAUGAUGUUC